CUUAGAAGCGGUCGAAUCUCUGAUUCUCGAAUUUCAAUUAAAACACAUCAGAAGAAGGAAAUGCAAAGAGACGCCACCUUGCAACGUAUCGACCAAUCAGAAACGAAGAGUCUCGGAUUAGUUGAGCCUGCGACGUAUACAUUUUGGAAUGCAAGUAGUGACCAGUGAAAAGAUGGUGCUUUAAUGGUGAGAUAUUCGUUCCGUGGUCGUUCCUAGCCUCCUAGCCGACAAACCGUGGUUGCCAGCCAUAUUGUUUUACCGCAGUGUUUGUUUUGGUGCAGCCUAGUCAGAACACGAAGAAAUCCGAGGGGAUCGACAAAAAGGAAAACGGGAGAACUAGAGUGCAAUUAAAGAAACUAUCCAGGCAGUGCGCGUAUACGGUGAUUUUGCUGUAUUUUCCGGCAUAAUCGUACCUCGCGGGCUAAGCCCAUAAUCUGAGUGUCAGUUGUGAACGAGACGGUAGAAGAGAGAAAUGGCCUGCGCCACACUAAAGAGAUCUUUGGAGUUCGACCCGGUACAUAAUCAUGGUCGUCCUAGUAAACGACGACGAUGUGUACCAAUGUGUAUUUCCCCUGGCACAUCGACCCAAGCUAAUUCCAGGCCACAAAAUCCUUCGCCUUUCGGCGAAGUAACCCAUAAACUGACGCCUGAAAAGAUGGCUGCCAACAUAAGAGAAGAGAUUCGGAGACUGCAUCGACGCAAACAAUUGCAUUUUAGUCCUCAAAACAAUACUGGUGAUUCUUCAGACAUGGAAGGCCCUGCCAGUCCUUCUAGUCCAUCUGCUUGUGGUUCAAAUUCAUGUAGUUAUAGCCCUAGUGGAAAAGAGAAACCUUUAUUUACAUUCAGACAGGUGGGAUUGAUUUGUGAACGAAUGCUUAAAGAACAGGAGACACAAAUUCGAGAAGAAUAUGAUCAGAUUUUAAAUAUGAAACUUUCUGAGCAAUAUGAUGCUUUUGUUAAAUUCACCUAUGAUCAGAUACAAAAGAGAUUUGAAUCUGCAGCUGCGCCAAGCUAUUUCUACUGUGUGAGAAAAAUUUUGCUUGAAAUUUAAAUCGAGGAAUGCAGCACCACCUCGUUCAAGAACAUCUUUAAGAAAUUCAAACUACGACUUACAUUAAAAAAUGUGGUAAAAACAAAAAAAAAAUAUAAAAAAAAUUAGUGAUGUAAGUUUAGUAGAUUUGCAGCAAACAGCAAUCAUACUACAAAAAUUUACAAUGUAUACUAUUAAAACUAACAAUAUUUGUACUGGCCAAUGUUAGAAAUGCGCUGGUAUCAGGGAACUGUACUGAGAUUCUAGUUAUGUACAAACAUGUAGGAGUUAUACACAGUGCAUGAUUAUGCUUGGAGUCAAGAGCUUGACUUGCACAGGGUUCUGUAAUAUCACGUAAUUGAUUAAAAAUAGAUCAAACUGUUCAUUUUUUGCCCAUUUUAACAAAACAUGAAAUGACAAAGAAUGGUACAGAUAAUUCCUUAAUUUAAUAAUACAUGUAUUAGAUAUUGCUCAAUCAUAUGCGAAUACUCUUGUAACGCAAACAUAAAAUAAUGUAUAUUGUGGUUUGGCAGAAAGUACUGUGCAUAUGAAGAGAUAUUACAUAAUUAAAUUAUCUCUCGGGGAAAGUUGUUUUCGUUGAAUCUUAGUAUUUUAUUUUUGAAAAUUGUAAGAUAAUUACAUGCAAUCUAUUCAGGAAAUCAUAUUUCAAUGCAUUGUUUUUUUUUUUUCCGUAUAUGAUUCAUUAUCUGUAUAAAUUUUCAAUGUAAGCAACAUUUCCCGUAUGGAUGUGUUCGAACUUAAAUAACGUACAUAACUUAUAGAAAUAUGUACAUUAUUCGAUAUUUCGUUCCUUCUUGAAGUCAAAAAUUGAUUUUUAAAAUCUCAAGUUAGUGAUUUGUCGCGUUUACUUAAAUUUUGUUGAGUUUUUGUUACAUGUUAAUUUUUUUUAGCAAAAAUAUUCAUUUAUUUAAUAUACGAAUAUAAAAGUUUGUAAAGAAUUCAAAAUAAGGUAUAGUAUGUAGCAUUGUACGAACAUAUUGUCAAAAGUGAAUAUUUGAAAUAAAGAUUUCAUAAAAUUUCGCAAAUAUUUCUGUUCCCUGGUAGCAACGACUUUCUUUAGCAUAAUAAAGCAGUAAAUAAUGAAUAUAUAAUACUUAUACCUUAAUUGUGCCUAUUAGAUGCGAUACAUAUUAUCUAAUGUUAUUGAUUUUUAAAUUUUUAGUUUAUACUCUCUCAGUUUUAUAUUAUAUCUCGCGUUCCCUUGUUUUUUUUUUGUAUUUAAAUAAAUGAGGAAGCAAUAUGAAUGAGGCUUUCUUGGUUGCUGCAUGCAUUUUGCUUUGUUAUAGCAUGAUAUUUACUCACUGAAAAAACAUUAGGUACCAAGAAAUAUUUAUUCAAGAAAAUUUCUGUGAGCUUGUUACAAUUUAUUUUCAUUCUAAUAUUCAUCUAAUAUUUAUACAUUAGAAGAGAGAAAUUUUGUUUUCCUACCUAUAAAAUUACAUUUUGAAAAAGGGCAUUAAGAAUUGCCUUAUUCAUUCCCAAAAGAAAGGUGUCUUUCAGUUACCACAACAAUUUGGGAACACAAUAUUAGUGUUCAUACACGAUAAUAUACAUGAUAUGUCAAAUGUUUUCUUAGUGCAAAAUGUGAAAAAAGAAAGGAAUAUAAGUGGUUCUAAUUGUCAAUAAUAAGUAAUGUUUUCCAUUUAAAAAAAUUUUGUGAAAAUAUAUUGACGAGAUUCUUUAAGAACUCAAGGGAUUUAAUUUCAAUUAAAAUACCUCCAUAUUAUAUUAUGUAAACACUUAUUAUUGAAAUAAAUAUAAAUAUAAGACUGAUCACAUGUAUUUCUUUAUUUUAACCUACUUAAAUUAAUUGAAUGAAACAUAAUAUUUUUUUUGUAUAAAUGUUUAAAAAAUAAUUCAUAUUUGUACAAGAAUAUCCACACUAUUGUUUAACCAUGUUUUCUAGUUGAAAGUGCAUGAACUACUGAGUCAGUUCUAUAAUAUGUAUAACAAAAUUCUUACAUACAUGUUCCAAUCUCAUUAACUAACUUGUGUAAUAAACUAAUGCUAUUAGUAAUAUGGCUUCAAGUAAAGAAGCCCCUCCAAGACUAUAUGAAGUUCCCUGUUCUUGCUAAGAAACUGUCACUUCUGGGCGGGAAAUAAACUUUUGCUAGUUUAUUUAAUUGGAGAAAGGGUGCCAAAUGUUUCUUCUCUUGUUUUUGGCUUUUGUUGUAGCCAUCAAAGUAUUUAAGAAAACAACUCCAAAUGGAAAAGUCACAGUGUACCUUGGCAAAAGAGAUUUCAUUGAUCACUUGGAUAGCAUAGAUCCCAUUGAUGGCAUUAUUGUUGUUGAAAAUGAUUAUCUUCAGGGCCGAAAAGUUUAUGGACAGGUAACAACAGUUUUUCGCUAUGGACGCGAGGAAGAUGAAGUUAUGGGUGUUAAAUUUAGCAAAGAAUUGGUUUUAUGCCGGGAACAAAUAGUUCCAAUAAAAAAGGAAAAGCAAGAUAUGACACCAGUUCAAGAACGUCUUCUAAAACGUCUUGGAGCAAAUGCAUAUCCAUUUUUAUUUCAAUUUCCACAAAAUUCUCCUAGUUCUGUUACAUUGCAACCUGGUGAUGAUGAUCAGGGAAAACCAUUAGGAGUAGAAUAUACUGUUCGAAUAUAUGUUGGUGAACAUGAAGAAGACAAGGGACAUAAAAGAUCAUCUGUUGCAUUAGCUAUAAAAAAAUUACAAUAUGCCCCACCUACAAGAGGACGUAAAUUGCCUAGUUCUCUAGUUUCAAAAGGAUUUACUUUCUCUCAAGGUAAACUGAAUUUGGAAGUUACACUUGAUAGGGAAAUAUAUUAUCAUGGAGAAAAAGUAGCUGCAAAUGUCAUAGUUACUAACAAUUCUCGAAAGGCAGUAAAAAAUAUUAAGCUCUUUGUGGUACAACAUUGUGAGGUAACAAUGGUUAAUACUCAAUUUUCUCGACACGUGGCUAGUUUGGAAACACGUGAAGGUUGCCCUAUUACACCUGGAGCAUCCUUUACGAAACAAUUUUAUCUUGUUCCAUUAGCCAGUAGCAAUAAAGAUCGUCGUGGAAUUGCUCUUGACGGUCAUUUGAAGGAUGACGAUGUAAAUCUUGCAUCUUCAACUAUGGUCGCAGAUGGUAAAACUCCUAGUGAUGCAAUGGGUAUUGUUAUUUCUUAUUCUAUUCGAGUAAAAUUGAAUUGUGGAACAUUGGGAGGUGAAUUAGUUACAGAUGUUCCAUUUAAACUAAUGCAUCCUGCUCCUGGAGCUGUAGAAAAAGAAAAAGCUACUUUGAAGAAAAAUAAGAGUAUUGAAAGGGCACGAUAUGAGAAUUCUUGUUAUUCAAAUGAUGAUGAUGACAAUAUCGUGUUUGAAGAUUUUGCUCGUUUGCGCUUGAAUGAACCAGAGUAAAAAAAAAGCAUUUGGAAAAAGAAAAAUACUUAUUUUGAAAGAAUCUUAGAUUCACAAUUCUUUGUAGUAAUUUUAAAUCAAAAUGUAAUAGAAAUAUAUGCAUAUAGAAUUUGUCGAUUCUAGGAUUCUUUUGAUGUGAGUUAUAUUUAACAACUGAAAAAAUAAUUAAAAGUACGAAAGGUAAAAAAAUUAGAAUAUCCGUAUACGACUAUUGGUAUAUGGAACUGAAUAUUAAUAUAUGAAGAAAGAUGUAAUAAAAAAAAAGUACAAAAAAAGCGAAAAGCAUCAUAAAAAAUGUAUAUCGUCUUAUAAUUUCUAUCCGGUAGUGGUGGUCGGUUAGAAAUUCACAUAAAGACGAAAAAAAAGAUUUUAAGUAAGCUUAAUAAGUAAUUUAUAUUUGGCUAAGAUUAAAAUUUUCCCGCCUUACCAGAAGUGACAUGUAUUCUAUUAACUUUGAUUUAUGGUGAUUAUAACGUGUCUGUAAAAUGUUCGUUUACUACAAACUGACAUUGUUGAGCUAUAUCUGUAUAUUAGAAGGAAAAUAUAAAAAUUUCAAAAUGUUAA